AUGAUUACAGAAUGUCGAAAUCCUGUUCGUGAGACGUAUCAUCCUCGAUUAGGUGAUAUUUGGUCAUUAGGAAUUAUUUUCCUUAAUUUGCUCUAUCAUCGUUCUCCGUGGUCCGAUCCAAACCCAGAACAUUGUAAAUCUUUUGCUGAUUUUCAACAAGACAAAAUCGGCUUUUUGAUGCAGCAAUUCAAAAAUAUGCCAGAAAGUGUAGCUCAUUUCUUGUCUACUCGAGUGUUCUGUCGUCCUGAAGAAGGUCGCAUUAGCAUUAGAGAAUGGAAAGUAUGGUGUAAAAAUUUGGUUCCAAAGAUGUUGAAUAAUGAAGAAGAGGAGGAAUAUUGCAAUGUGGAUCAACUUGAUCUACACGAAUUAACUAUUUCUGCUGGUGCUCAAGUAAAUGAUGAGGAAGCUAGAGGUGAUUCUUCCGAAGAACAACAACACAACUAUGUUCGUAAGAAAUCAUGGUCCGAUGUCUUUGAAGAAUCACUGGAUAAAGAAAUGGACUUUACUGCUCCCGUUGUUUUCUUGGAUGAAAUGGAUAAUGGCCAGGCUUUUAUCGAUAAUAAUCAAUCAAAGGAGAAUAAAGUGGCAUUCGUCGAAACAACAACUACUACUUCUUCUACAGAGGUUCCCUUCUUCGAAGUAGUUAGCGAAAAUAAUGAAAAUAAGCGAGAAGACGAAGAAGAUCAGCAACAGGCAGAUGCCAGUGCAAUUAACAGUGAUGCAGACUCUGGCUUCGGUACAGACGAAGAUAUAAAUGGAAAUGCGAUGAUGAUACGAGCGCGUGUUCAACAGAAUGAUACCAGUGUUAAUGACAAUGAUAAUACGAAUGCAGGUCUUUACACUCCACCAAAAGUUAUUUACUGCAGACCGAGACCUUGGGGUGAAGAACGCAAUUCUACAACAUCCACUGAAAAUACUCACAUGCAGAAUAAUGAUCAUUGGAAUUCAUAUAACUUACGUCGUGAACGUCUUGAACGAAGAAAAGAAAAAGAAAAGAAGAGUCAGUCUGUGCGGAAUAGACGUCGUGGGUCUAGUGUAGGCGCUCAGGAUGCGCUAUCUUUCUCCUUUCCACAUAGAGUUCGUCCACGCCGAGUACUUUAUUUUAAGCCUAAUGUGACCCCGCCUACAAAGAAUUCACUACCACCUAGUCCCAAAAGAAACAAUCAUUCAAAUUCGGAUUUCGUUUCUGAAACUUAUGUACCACCUUCUAAUCCCGUGCGCAGGAAAUCAUUUGUUACACUGCCUGACCGUAGGAAAUCAUUGAAUCCUGUCUCUGACCGUAGAAAAUCAUUGACGCCUACGUCUACGUCUUUUGACGCGUCCACACAUUCACUUCAGCGUAAAAUUAGCCUAGACUUUGAUGAAGUGGAAAAAUCACCCAAAAUAGUCACAAAAUCCACCAAGAAUUCUUUGACUAAAAUGUUGGAGAAAAUGGUGAUUUUCAAUCGUGGAAUCAAGAUCGGUGGUCAAGGCAAGGAUAUUAUGUAA